GAAUGCAGGAAAAUGGCAGAUGCCAGUAUUUCAGUGGAUCAGGACCAGUUCAGCUGUCCAGUCUGUCUGGAUCUGCUGAAGGAUCCAGUGACUAUUCACUGUGGACACAGUUACUGUAUGGUGUGUAUUAAUAGACACUGGGAUGAAGAAGAUCCGAGAAGCAUCUACAGCUGCCCCCAGUGUAGAGAGACCUUCACUCCAAGGCCUGUUCUACGCAGGAACAACAUACUGGCUGAAGUGGUAGAGGAAGUGAAGAAGAAACUCCGAGCUGGUUCUUCUGGUCACCGUUAUGCUAGACCUGGAGAUGUGGAGUGUGAUUUCUGCACUGGUAGAAAACUCAAAGCCAUCAAAUCCUGUUUGGUGUGUCUAGCGUCUUACUGUGAGGCUCAUGUUCAGUCUCACUAUCAGUCUCCUGCGUUUAAGAAGCACCAGCUGGUCAAAGCCUCCACACGACUACAGGAGAAGAUCUGCUCUCAACAUGACAAACUGAUGGAGAUCUACUGCCGUACUGACCAAAGCUGCAUCUGUUAUUUGUGUACAAUGCAUGAACACAAAGGCCACGAUACAGUAGCAGCUGCAGCCGAGAGAACCGAGAAACAGCGUCAGCUGAAGGAGGCUCAGAGGAAAUCCCAGCAGAGACUCCAGCAGAAAGUGAAGGAGCUGCAGGAGCUGAAACAGGCUGUGGUCACUCUUAAGCGCUCUGCACAGACAGCAGUGGAGGACAGUGAGAGGAUCUUAACUGAACUGAUCCGCUCCUUUGAGAAGAAGCGCUCUGAAGUAACAAAGCUGAUCAGAACUCAGGAGAAGAACCAGCUGAGACAAACUGAAGAACUCCUGGAGAACCUGCAGCAGGAGAUUGAUGAUCUAAAGAGGAGAAACACUGAGCUGGAGCAGCUUUCUGUCACAGAGGAUCACAUCCAUUUCCUCCAGAGCUUCCAGUCUCUGAGAGUCUCUGCUGGAUGUGAGGGCUCCUCCAGCUUCACUGUCCAUCAACAUCCCUCAUUUGAUGGAGUGAGGAAAUCUCUCUCUGAUCUGAAAGACAGACUAGAGGAAUUGUGCAAGGAGGAGUUCAGGAAAAUCUCUCCACAUGCUGCAGCAGUUCAGACGAUCUCAUCCUCAGAGCCGAGAACCAGAGCAUACUUUCUACAGUCUGCAGCAGUUCAGACGAUCUCAUCCUCAGAGCCGAGAACCAGAGAAGACUUUCUACAGUCUGCAGCAGUUCAGACGAUCUCAUCCUCAGAGCCGAGAACCAGAGAAGACUUUCUACACUCUGCAGCAGUUCAGACGAUCUCAUCCUCAGAGCCGAGAACCAGAGAAGACUUUCUACAGUAUUUCUGUCCACUGACUCUGGAUCCCAACACUGUACAUCAUUACCUCAGUCUGUCUCAGAAGAACAGAGUGGUGCAGUGGAGAGGAGGAGAUCAGCGUUACUCUGACCAUCCAGAGAGAUUUGACUACUGGAAGCAGGUGUUGUGUAAGGAGAGUCUGAGUGGACGCUGUUACUGGGAGGUCGAGUGGAGUUACUUGGUGUUCAUAUCAGUGUCGUAUAAAGGGAUCAGCAGGAAAGGAGCGAGUAAUGAGAGCAGGUUUGGACGCAACAAUCAGUCCUGGAGUCUGAGGUGUUCUGACAGUCUCUCUUUCUGGCACAACAACAUUAAGACUGAGCUCUCAGCUCCAUCUUCCUCCAGAAUAGGAGUGUAUGUGGAUCACAGGGCAGGAACUCUGUCCUUCUACAGCGUCUCUGACACACUGACCCUCCUACACACAGUCCACACCACAUUCACUCAGCCGCUCUACGCUGGGUUUAGGGUUGGUUGUUUGCUCUGGUUUGCUGGUGGAACUGUGAGGUUGUGUGAUCUGUAAUGAGAGUCUGUUUUAUGUGAUGGACACUUUUCAGGUAGAUUCAUAAAUAAAUUAUAUUAAUGCCUUCAGACCAAAGCAAUCAAAUUAUACAUGUAUAGUUUUUUAUGGAUUUGACAAUAUUGCAUGUAAAAGCUAAUUAAACAGAAAACAUAGAGAAAGAGAGA